CCCUAACCCCACUUCACCAAAGCACAAGCACACAGAGAAGGAAGGGCUAGAAAAGAGAAAGGCAAUAGGACCAAAAGAAAAGAGCUUGGAAAAAGAAAAGAGCUCAAAAGAAAGGAAGAGAGAAAGCAACCAGGCAGGCAGAGGCAGAGGCAGUCUUCCUCCUCCUCUCUCUUUUCUCUCUCUCUCCCAAUUCACACAAGAUUCACUCACCAGCUGUGCCACCAUUCCCAUCUGAUCCAAGCCUUUCACCCAAAGCUUCCACCUUUUCCAAUUGCUUGGCCACUUCAAGAAUCAAGGAAUAUGUUCUUGCUCUUGGGGUUCUGAUCCAUCCAUUCACACAUUCAUCCAGGCUUCUCUCUCUUUCUGUGGCAUUUUGCUCUGCCUGGCUGGCUCUGUGUGUGUGCGUGUGUGUUUUGCAUGGUCAGUUAGUUGGUCACUCCAAGAAAAGAAUUUUGGCUUGGUUUUCCUCUGUUCCCGGGAUCCAAAUUUCGGGCAAGUUCUUCGUUUGAAGAAUUUUGGCGAGCCAUGCUAGCAAUUCAGGAUGGUUUCUCGGGGUUUUUACAAGGCGUGAUGAUUCUUUGACCCACCGUUGCUUCGGUUUUUUUCAAGGGGAGAAUUCAGCGAUUUCGCAAAUUUGGUUUGAUUCGAGGUCGUCGUGUUCUUGAUCCGGCCCAUGGGUCUCUGUCAUGGCAAGCCGAGGCAAAUCCCGGAGCCCGAGGCGGAGGAGGAGGCCCGGGUAGCCGUCGGGGAUGCCGCCGGCGGCCGGAACGGCGCCUCCUCGCCGGCUCCGGCGGCGGCGGCGGCGAAGCCCGGCACGCCGAAGCAGCCCAAGUUCCCGUUCUACCUGCCGAGCCCGCUCCCGCCGUCGAGCUACAAGAGCUCGCCGGCGAACUCGAGCGUGGCGUCGACGCCGGCGCGCGGCGGGUUCAAGCGGCCGUUCCCGCCGCCGUCGCCGGCGAAGCACAUCCGCGCGCUCCUGGCGCGGCGGCACGGCUCGGUGAAGCCCAACGAGGCGUCCAUCCCGGAGGGCGGCGAGCCGGAGCUCGGCCUGGACAAGAGCUUCGGCUUCUCCAAGCACUUCUUCGCCAAGUACGAGCUCGGCGACGAGGUCGGCCGCGGCCACUUCGGCUAUACCUGCUCCGCCAAGGCCAAGAAGGGCGAGCACAAGGGCCAGGACGUCGCCGUCAAGGUCAUCCCCAAAGCCAAGAUGACGACUGCUAUUGCCAUUGAAGAUGUCAGAAGAGAAGUCAGAAUAUUGAGUUCGCUGACAGGACACAGUAACCUAGUGCAGUUCUAUGACGCUUUUGAGGAUGAAGAUAAUGUUUAUAUAGUUAUGGAGCUAUGUAAAGGAGGUGAACUACUGGAUAGGAUUUUGGCAAGAGGUGGAAAGUAUUCUGAGGAAGAUGCAAAGGUUGUUAUGGUGCAAAUUUUGAGUGUUGUGUCAUUUUGCCAUCUCCAAGGUGUUGUUCAUCGUGAUCUGAAACCAGAGAAUUUUCUUUUCACCUCAAAGGAUGAAAACUCUGCCUUGAAGGUCAUAGACUUUGGCUUGUCUGACUUUGUGAAGCCAGAUGAAAGACUUAAUGACAUCGUUGGAAGUGCAUAUUAUGUUGCUCCUGAGGUGCUUCAUCGAUCUUAUGGCACUGAGGCAGAUAUGUGGAGUAUUGGAGUGAUUGCCUACAUUUUGCUUUGUGGGAGCCGUCCUUUCUGGGCGCGCACCGAAUCAGGAAUAUUUCGAGCUGUUUUGAAGGCAGAACCAAGUUUUGAUGAGGCUCCAUGGCCUACUCUCACUGCUGAAGCUAAAGACUUUGUAAAACGGCUGCUUAAUAAGGAUUACCGCAAGAGGAUGACUGCUGCACAGGCUCUCAGUCAUCCGUGGAUCCGCAAUUCUCAACAAGUGAAAAUACCUUUAGAUAUGCUAAUCUACAAGCUUAUGCGAGCUUAUAUCAGUUCGUCUUCACUGCGGAAGUCUGCUUUGAGGGCCCUAGCAAAGACAUUGACGGCAAAUCAACUCUUCUAUCUAAGAGAACAAUUUGAAUUGUUGGGUCCAAACAAGAAUGGUUAUAUCUCGUUGCAAAAUUUGAAAGCGACCUUGGUGAAGAAUUCUACAGAUGCAAUGAAGGAUUCUAGGGUUAUCGAUUUCGUUAACACGGUGUGCACUCUUCAGUACAGAAAAUUGGAUUUUGAAGAGUUUGCUGCAUCUGCCGUCAGUGUUUAUCAGAUGGAAGCUUUGGAAACCUGGGAACAGCAUGCACGGCGUGCAUACGAGCUAUUUGAUAAGGAGGGCAACCGGCCUAUUGUAAUCGAAGAGCUUGCAUCGGAACUUGGACUUGGUCCAUCAGUCCCUCUUCAUGUUGUACUCCAAGAUUGGAUCAGACAUGCCGAUGGAAAGCUCAGUUUCCUCGGAUUUAUUAAACUUUUACAUGGAGUUUCUUCACGAUCGAUCCCGAAAGCCUAAGAUAAAUUAUUCUUGCAUCAAUCAAUGAGAUCAAAUUGAUGGCUAAGCCAAAUCUCUGGAUGGUGUUUGUGUGUUGCGGUUUGAGGUGGUUGGAGGAUGUCUUGAAAAUCAGAAAAAGAGAAAAAAAAGGAAGCAACUGAAAGUAUUGUGUAAGAGGUAAAAAUGUUCCUGCUACUACUUCUACCCCUCCCCUUUGCCACGUCGGAUUGAUGUUGUACUGAAGCUGUGUAGAGGAAUGUACAGAUGAGGAUAGGAAAAUGAAUAUGGAAGGGCUAAAAAGAUUUUGAGACUGCUGUUUGUCAAAGUCUUGCAUUGUAGUAAUGCAUCUUUUGUCUCAAAUAAGACAUUUAACGUCUCACCCUUGGUCUCUCAUGUGUUAUGCUGCCAGUAUGCCACAGUUCUGAUCACAGAUUCAACUGUUUGCUGUUCA